CCCUCAGUAUGCUGCUUGGAGAUGACAACCAAAAGGAAGAUCAUCGGCCGCCUCGUGCCCUGCCGAUGUUUCCGUGGAGAAGAAGAAAUCGUCUCCGUGUUGGAUUACUCUCACUGUGGCCUACAGCAGGUGCCAAAGGAGGUGUUCAGCUUUGAACGGACACUAGAGGAGCUUUACCUAGAUGCCAAUCAAAUUGAAGAGCUACCUAAGCAACUGUUCAACUGUCAAGCUCUCCGCAAGCUGAGCAUCCCAGACAACGACCUUUCCAGCCUGCCAACCACUAUUGCCAGCUUGGUGAAUCUCAGAGAACUUGAUAUCAGUAAAAAUGGAAUUCAAGAUUUUCCAGAGAAUAUUAAAUGUUGUAAAUGUUUAACAAUUAUUGAAGCCAGUGUCAAUCCGGUCUCCAAGCUGCCAGAUGGCUUCACACAACUUCUAAAUUUGACCCAGCUCUAUCUAAACGAUGCCUUUUUGGAGUUUCUUCCAGCUAACUUUGGAAGACUUGUCAAAUUGCGAAUUUUGGAGUUAAGAGAAAAUCACUUGAAAACUCUACCAAAGUCAAUGCACAAACUGACUCAGCUGGAAAGGCUUGAUCUGGGCAAUAAUGAAUUCUCUGAACUGCCUGAAGUUCUCGAACAAAUACAGAAUCUAAAGGAGUUGUGGAUGGACAACAAUUCCUUGCAAGUACUACCUGGGUCUAUAGGGAAGUUAAAACAGCUCGUGUACCUGGAUGUGUCAAAAAACAGGAUAGAAACUGUGGAUUUGGACAUAUCAGGAUGUGAAGGACUUGAAGAUCUCUUAUUGUCAUCCAAUAUGUUGCAGCAACUGCCAGACUCCAUAGGACUGUUGAAGAGGCUCACAACUUUGAAAGUAGAUGACAAUCAGCUUACAAUUCUGCCAAAUGCAAUUGGAAAUUUGUCUUUGUUAGAAGAAUUUGACUGCAGCUGUAAUGAGUUGGAGUCUCUACCUUCCACCAUCGGCUACCUUCACAACCUGAGGACAUUGGCUGUGGAUGAGAAUUUCCUUCCUGAGCUACCCAGAGAAAUUGGGAGCUGUAAAAAUGUAACAGUGAUGUCUCUGCGCUCCAACAAGCUGGAAUUCCUCCCUGAUGAAAUUGGGCAGAUGCAGAAGCUGCGAGUGUUAAAUCUGAGUGAUAACAGGCUGAAGAAUUUACCCUUCACUUUUACAAAGCUCAAAGAACUUGCAGCUUUGUGGCUCUCUGACAACCAGUCCAAGGCUCUCAUUCCACUGCAAACUGAGGCUCACCCCGAAACAAAGCAGCGAGUACUGACUAACUACAUGUUUCCCCAGCAACCCCGCAGCGAUGAAGUGUAUUUCCAGUCAGACAGUGAUAGUUUUAACCCCACUUUAUGGGAGGAGCAGAGACAGCAACGUAUGACUGUUGCCUUUGAAUUCGAAGAAAAAAAGGAAGAGGAGGAAAAUGCAGGGAAAGUUGAAAUAAAUCUAAAACGUUAUCCCACUCCAUACCCGGAGGAUUUAAAGAAUAUGGUAAAAUCAGUUCAAAAUCUGGUGGGCAAACCAAGCCAUGGAGUACGGCCUGAGAACGCAGCACCAACCAUCAACAGUGACCAAACUGUGAAAGACAAGUAUGAGCACAAGUGGCCCAUGGCACCAAAGGAGAUUUCAGUGGAGGAAGCCUUUGGACAUCCUCCCACCGAGAUGAGGAUAGGGGAACUCCGUCCCUCCAUGCCAGAGACUCCCUUGUACCCACCCAAACUUGUCCUUCUGAGUAAAGACAAGAAAGAAUCCACCGACGAGUCUGAAGCAGAUAAGAUCCAUUGUAUGAACAACAGCGUUUCCUCAGGCACUUAUUCCGACUAUUCCCCUUCCCAGGCUUCCUCAGGGUCCUCCAACACGCAUGUUAAAAUGGGGUCCUUGCAGACAACGGCUAAAGAAGCAGUAAACAACUCUUUGUGGGGGAACAGGUUGGCCCAGUCCUUCCCACAGCCCAUUGAAACAAAGCCAUUGCUGAGCCAGCGGGAGCCGGUGCCGGCCGGGAGCCUGCCGCAGCGCACGGACCGGCGCCCGCUGAGCGACACCUUCACCGACAGCUGGAACGACAGCACCCACUACGACAACACGGGCUUCGUGGCAGAGGAGAGCGCGGUGGAGAACCCCAGCGCCAACCCCCUCCUGAGCGCCAAGUCCAGGAGCACAUCCGCACACGGACGCAGGCCGCUGAUCCGGCAAGACAGGAUCGUCGGCAUUCCCCUGGAGCUGGAGCAGCCGACGCUCAGAAACACACACGAAUCUGAAGUGCCUCCUCCCAACCCUUGGCAAAAUUGGACCAGAACCCCCAGUCCUUUUGAAGACAGGACAGCUUUUCCUUCCAAACUGGAAAGCACCCCCACCACCAGCCCUUUGCCCGAGCGGAAAGAUCAUAUCAAAGAGUCUCCCGAAAUGACUAGCACUUUCACUCCGGGAAUACCAUGGGAAUAUCACGAUCCAAAUGCUAACCGAAGUCUCACAAACGUCUUUUCCCAUAUCCACUGUCGCCCGGAUCCUUCCAAAAAUGUGAUUUCAAUCAGCAAGAGCACGGAGCGGCUUUCCCCCAUGAUGAGGGAUUUAAAAACGAACAAAUUUAAGAAGUCUCAAAGUAUCGAUGAGAUAGACAUUGGUGCCUACAAAGUGUAUAAUAUCCCCUUAGAAAACUAUGCAUCUGGUAACGAUACCGUAGGCACCCACGAGAGGGUGGACAAGCUCCUGGGCCCUGAGCACGGCAUGCUGAGCAUGUCCCGCAGCCAGUCCGUCCCCAUGCUGGACGACGAGCUGCUGACCUACGGCAGCGUCAAGGUGCAGCCGCAGCAGAAGUCGUCCGUCACGAAGAAGGUCUACCAGUUCGACCAAAGCUUCAACCCGCAGGGAGCUGUGGAGGUGACUGCAGACAAGAGGCUCCUGCCGCCGUUCCAGCUCAACCCCGACUACAUCCCCCAGCAGAGUAAGAACCUGCCGCAGGAGCUGGUGAGCCCGAGGGCUUACCGCGGCUACCCGCCCGUGGAGCACAUGUUCUCCUUCUCCCAGCCCUCGGUGAAUGAUGAGGUGGUUGCGACCCCCUUUGCCACCCAGACCUCCCGGCCGGGCUUCUUGAGGAGGGCGGAUUCGCUGGCCAGCUCCACCGAGAUGUCCAUGUUCCGGAGGGUCAGUGAGCCCCACGACCUGCCCCCCGGCGACAGGUAUGGCAGGGCCCCGUACCGCGGUGCCGUGGAGCGCCAGGGCAGUAUCUCGGUGGCCGAGUCGCAGUUCCUCAAGAGGAACGGCAGGUACGAAGACGAGCACCCUUCCUACCAAGAAGUGAAAGCCCAGACUGGAAGCUUUCCCGUUAAAAACCUGACACAAAGGAGGCCGUUGUCUGCAAGAAGCUACAGUACAGAGAGUUACGGCACAUCCCAAACCAGGCCGGUCUCAGCGAGGCCUACAAUGGCAGCUCUGCUGGAAAAGAUUCCGUCAGACUAUAACUUGGGUAACUAUGGCGACAAGCCUUCCGAUAGCAGUGAUAUAAAGACAAGGCCUACCCCUGUGAAGGGAAAUGAGAGCUGUGCUAAAAUGCCCGCUGACUGGAGACAACAGCUACUUAGACAUAUAGAAGCUAGAAGGUUAGACAGGACCGCUGCUUACAAACACAACACAGUUAGCCUUGGCAUGCUGCACUCUGGAGGGUUUUCAGCAAUGCAUGCCGGCAGAAGCAUGACUUUAAACUUGCAGACUAAAUCUAAAUUUGAAAACCAAAUGCUUCAAGAGCUACCUCUACCGAAAACCCCAUCGCAGCAGAGCAGCAUUCUGGACAAUGGGCAGGAGGAGGUGUCCGUGAGCAGCCAGUGGAACCCCUACCCGCUGGGCCGGCGGGACGUGCCCCCAGACACCGUCACCAAGAAGGCAGGUAGCCAUAUCCAGACUCUCAUGGGAUCCCAAAGCCUUCAGCAUCGGAGCCGUGAGCAGCAGUACGAAGGGAACAUGAACAAAGUCACCAUCCAGCAGUACCAGCCGCCGCUGCCCAUCCAGAUUCCCUCCUCGCAGAGCUCUCGGGCACCUCAGACGGGGCGAUGCUUAAUCCAAACCAAGGGCCAGAGAAGCACCGAGGCGUACCAGGAGCAGUUUUGUGUGAGGAUAGAGAAGAAUCCUGGCCUUGGUUUUAGUAUCAGCGGUGGAAUAAGCGGACAAGGAAAUCCAUUCAAACCUUCCGAUAAGGGUAUCUUUGUUACUAGGGUUCAGCCUGACGGACCAGCAUCCAGCCUGCUCCAGCCUGGCGACAAGAUCCUCCAGGCAAACGGACACAGUUUUGUACAUAUGGAACACGAGAAGGCUGUAUUACUCCUGAAGAGUUUCCAGAACACAGUAGACCUAGUUAUUCAACGUGAGCUUACUGUCUAACUAUUUUUUUAUAAAUAGUAAAUAUGUCUAGCCAGAUCUAAUGUUCAAACAGAUUUAUACAUAGGAAACAAAUUUUUUUGCCAAUUGCUGGACCAAUGGCAAACAGUAGUGCCAAAUGUAAAAUACUCUAUGUUAGUACCAAUCAUCUUGAAAAAAUAUAUUAACUAUAUAAAUAUAUUGUUCAUGUGGCUACGUAUUAGUUUUACUUGUCAGCCUCUGGCUGUGCAUUGGUGCGUUUUUUUAAUCCAGUUACUUCUUAAAGUCAAUUUCAUAUGAUUUCAAAACACAGAAGCACAUACAAAUUCUUUAGGAAUUCUGCUGUCCAUCAGAAACACUGCCUCAAAGUUGUAUAUGCCUUUAUAAAGAUAAAAUAUAUAAACCUGUACUUCCCAUGAAAUAUUUCUAUCAUGUCACAUACAAAAAUAGAGAGAAAAAAUAUUUUCAUAAACACCUCAAAGAAAGUAUAUAUUAAAUUAAAUUUACUAAUGUUCAUUUAUUUUCAAUGCAAAGAUAUUAUAUGCCUUAUGAAAAUACCUGUACAUAUGCAGUGUGUAUAGCUGGCUCCAUAUGAAUUAGUAAAAAUGUCACUAUACAGGGUGAGAUACUUAAUAAAUUACACUCGACUCUGGGACCUACACAAAGAACUGAGAUGAAAUUGGUUAACUUCUGUCGUUUGACACUUUUAGUUGAUCCCAUGGGAACACACUUGGUGGACGAGCAAUGAGUUCAGGCAGGUAUGGUCAGAAAUGGAAGAAGGUUGUGAUGGGUGGCAGUAAAAGCACCUUUUGUUGCUGCUGAUUUUAUUAUUUCAGGUUUUAAUUUAAUGACAGGCUCUUUAGUUCCAUUCCCUGUGCCUCCCAGUCUUACCCUGUUCUGUGUUUUCACACUGGUCCAGCCAUGUUCCCCCCGGUCACUGUGUCACUGUCAGGGAGGCUUCAACCUUUGUCUGUUCCUUCAGUUGGGUAAUGUGGCUCAGGGGGAGCAGGUUCAGUCCCCGGAGGUGAUGCUGACCUGGCCUGGGGAAAGCUUCCCAAUUGAAGUGUGAAGCUGGAAAACCCUUCACGUCCACAUCCUAGAGCUGUCCCAACAGAGCAUCCUGACAGCACACAACUGCUGCUGUUGCAGGCAUCCGUCAUGUCUGUAACCAACGGCAAGGUGGAGAAAUAUAAGAAACGGGUUUUAAAGGGACCCAGUUCCCUCUGACCUGAUGGCACCAGUUGCACUGGCCAGGCUCCCUUACAUCUUUUCCACCUGGAUUAGAAACUCAAGGCAGAGGAGUGUAGCUAUAGCAUGAGGACAUGGACAGAACACUGCACUCUGCUGCUUGCAAGAGCCUCUAGAAUUCUCACCCUUCCUGCUCUCCCAUCAGGUACAUGCUGACUGGGCUAAUUCUGUUCAGAUUAAACAGAGCUGUGACAUGCAGCCCCUGUCUGCUGCACCCUGGUGUAACUGCACCCAGGGCAACCCAGCAGCACGCUGAAUGCAGUGGGUGGAAGGACUGAGCAGCACAAGGUGCCAUCAGCAUUCCUACCAGCCAAUGUGCCCCUGCCACCACUGGAGCACACCCCUACCAGCAGCUCCAGCGUGGGGAGGUUGGUGUGCCAAGGGCUUAUGCCCAUAUCAAGGUAAACUGGGAGAAAGGAAAACUGCUGCAGCUACUGGGCAGUCACUUGGUGCUGGGAGAGGGUGGUGGUUCUGUGACCACGUGUGCAUGUGGGAGAGGAGACAAAGCACCCCACACAUAAAAAGUAAAUCACCGAUUAGUCAGUAAAAUGGUGCAGCAGGAACCAUCCUCUCGUGCUGUUAGGAAGCACCAGAUUUGGGAAUUUUUUUCCCCUUUUUUUCUGACUGUAUGGCAGCUGCUAAGCCCAUCGGGAUGACUUGAUUCUUGGGCUCACCUCUGCCAUGGGAGCUCUUUAGCCAUCAUCUGGGAAGCGAUACUUCUGCAUUUGCACAUAAGCUCCCUGUGCACUGGCUGUUGCAUGUUGGAAGGGACCUUAAAGCUCCUCCAGUUCCAAAACCUUCCCAUGGGCAGGGACCCCUUCCACUGGAGCAGCUUGCUCCAAGCCCCUGUAUCCAACCUGGCCUUGAGCACUGCCAGGGAUGGGGCAGCCACAGCUUCUCCCUCCUUCAUCUUCUAUCUCCCUCCUCCUCAGUCAACGGGAGAAAUUAAGUUUAUCUGCAUAAAUAUUAAUGAAACAUAAAUUCCAAGCCCACCUAGUGUAAAUCUGCCCUUAUCCAAGGAAGUGCUCCAAGUGACAGCACCAUAGUGCUGCUGGCACUGUCAGACACCAGCAGGUGCCAAUGAGCUACAGCCAAAGCUUACUCUAAGUUUUCCAGUUUGGAGAAGUUAUUUUAUGAUAUUCAGAACACCAAUUUAAAUAAUUAAUACUUAUCAGUAAAUUAAAACCUUCUUGAUGCCACCAGCUGAAAGAGCUCGCUGGAUUCACAAGAGCUGGAGCUGGAUUGU